UUUUUAUCGAACUUGUGCAAACAAAAUAGAAGUAUUUAACAGUUUAAAGUUUGCAUUAUUCAUAUUUUAAAUAUACUAUAUAAUACAUGUAUUGCAAAGUAACGGAGCUGUUAAUACAUUUAAGUGUUAAAAUCAUUUAUUAUGUAUUGUAUUGACAAUGCUGUAAUGUGUCAUAUAUACCAUUUUUCACUUCUAUUGUUUGUCUUUUGUUUGCAGGGCUGACUAUAAUGUCAGCAUACAGCUCAGUGUUUGGUGUGGUGGUGGUGUUGCUCUUCCACCUCUCUGCGACACACUCCUUUCCCACCUCCCUGCAGGUCUGUCCUGUUCCAUGCCUAUGCCAGCGAGGUCCUCUCCUCAACUGCUCCUCUUUGGGUCUGACCAAGACUCCCGUACGCAUUCCAGCAACUGCAGUUUCUUUGAACUUAUCCCAUAAUGCACUGCAUUCUCUAGCACCUCUCAGUUCUGGGCGUGUGAUAUUGAAGGGUCUCCUGCACCUUUGGGUGGGAAAAAAUUCUCUGGAUAGCCUUGAUCUGGAUUUGAAGACAAACUGGUUAAGCACUAGGACCCUGUCACAUAAAAAGCAGGAAUGCACCUCCUGGGCACCUGACCUUCAGUUGCUGUCUGCUGAAAGAAACCAUUUAAAACAUCUACCGAAGGGACUGAACUGUCUGAAGUCCCUGCAGAUCCUUCAGCUGUCUUAUAAUCAAAUAUUUGAGAUAGGCCCCGCUGACCUGAACUCAACAAGUCUGAAAGAGCUCCAUCUCCAGCAUAACCACAUCAGAAACAUUCACUCACGUGCCUUCAUUGGCCUUCAACAGCUACAGGUCCUGGAUCUGAGCUACAACCUGCUGGUCACCAUACCCGUCCCUGCCUACCAAUCUGUACGGAGCCUGAAUGCUUUGGUUAACAUUUCCUUUAACAGAUGGAAGUGUGACUGCAACUUGAGAACCUUGAGAAGAUGGAUAGGUUUUGAUACUGAUGCUUCCUGGUCAGUGAUGUGCGAUUCCCCACCCCAUUAUUCCGGAAAAGACCUGCUGGAUCUGAAGGACUCAGAUCUCACAUGUCCUACACGUGAAUACAGCACAUCUGGUCAACAUCAUAAUAUGAUUGUAGAUGAAGGAACGCAGAUAUUAAUUUCAUGCAGCAAUGAGAGUCAAGAGUUCAUGCAAGUUCAGUGGUGGACUCCACAUGGCCAAGUCGCAGAUAACCAACCACAGCUUUUAAUUGAGGACAUUACACAACAACACGAAGGACUUUAUAUAUGUGUUUCAGGUCUUCAAGGGGAGCACAUAUCAGUUUUUGAUAUAAAGGUCUACACAAAAGGCAGUGGCCAUAGACCACGUCGGGAAGCAGCAACAAUCUUAGAUGAAAGUGUUGAGCGAGAAAAUACAAAUGUGCAGAGGAAUAAUCCUUUAGUACGACAAGACAGAACCCAGUCAGAAUUUGUUCUUGCUGUCUGCCUCUCUGUCAUCAUCACGUUUAUUGUGGCUUUUAUCCUUGGAGUUCUUUUGAGACCACUGUUUGACAAAUUAUGCAUGAGAAUACGAUCGAAGAGACACUCCAGUCCAUCGCCAACAACCUCUGGAGCUUUAUCCACUGGUCCUCAGCCAUAUGUAAAUGAAGGAUAUUAUGAGACAGAUGACCAAGAACCAGUUGUCAGAAUGGGAUCAAGAGUUACAUUUGGUGAUAUCACAGAAGUGGGAAAUCGAGACAGUAAUAUGCCUUACUAUGUCACUGUAGAGGAUGUGCACUCAGAUGGCUCCUCUGAGAGCAACACAGAAGUUGAGCCUGUAUAUGCGAAUACACAGAAAUAUGUGUCAUCUGAAUGGAGACAACAGGCUCUUGAGGUGGAUCGUCACAGAGGAAGAGCAAACAGCAACAGCAGCAGCACCACACAGGAGGGCGAAGUGAAUGUUUUGGUAACCAACAAUAAGUCACCCAGCUCAACCACAGCCCUGGAAUUUGAGCCGAUUCCAGAUGCGACAACCAGCAACCAACAACCAAUUUCAGAUGCAGAUGACGUUACUCAACCAAGAAGAACCAGUACCUCAUCAUCUUCGUCAUCAUCAUCUCACUCAAGGCAAACUCUGGAUAGAAGCGUUUCUAGUCAAGUAAGGGAAUCCACUGAACAAAGUGUUGACCCUACAUCUGAAAAUAAAGCAACAGCAAAAGAUAAAGUUCCAGGGUUUACUACAGCACCAUUUACAGAAUGGCCAAUCAGUUUGACAGAACAGAGUGUUGAUGGUUUUGAUGCAGAGUUCUGGAAUGACAGUGGAGAAAGCUUUUCUUUUAACGAAGACUCUGAAAAAUCAAGUGUUCAAGAUCUAUCUGCUUCUGCUUUAGGGCACCCCAUAAAUGAUGAUAACACAUGGAGGCAAGGCAACACAGAAUCACCUGCCAGCAAAUUAAACUUUAAUUCACUUGUAGUUGGGGUUAACAAACCAUUUGGUAAAGAAGUUUCUGUAGAUGACCACCCUGACACAUUAAGCUCCUCUAGUUCAAGUGAAAGCGGUGAUAGUGAUGGACCAAACAGUUAUACGGUAAACCCAGGGUUAGAAGAGGAAUCAGAGAUCCUAAAGAAAAUUGAUUCAGAAAGAUUCAGUUCUCCUGAAGAUGGUUCUGGUAUUCUUAACAGACAAGAGACAAUCACCUUAGACCCAUCAGACAUACAUUUGACUUUUACUCGUGAAGAAAGUGUUGAUGAGGUAAUGCUUACUGAUGACUCCCAGAGGAAGAAUGAAGAUGCAUUUGGUAGCUGGAUAGAUGUGUCUCUUGGUACAGUGCCAAAGAUUAAGCGAUAUGUUCAGUUUACACAGUCUAAACUUUAUCCCUCAGCUCAGUCAUCCCUGACUUCAUCCUCAACAAAAAGCAAUGUCACACCUGAGAUAGAGGUUAAAUCAGAAACUAAAGUUGACACAUCCCCUGAAGAAGCCAGUUGCUUAACACAAACAAAGGUUUCUAUUGAAGGAAUUUCAAAAGUCAAAAGAUAUAUUAAUUUUAAGCAGUCUAAACCUUAUUUUCCAACUCUGCAAACAUUACCUACCUCAACCAAUAAAGAUGGAUCUAGCAUAUCUAGCACAUCAUCUGAAGAUGAAGAUAACCUGAUAUCCGCGGGGAACAUAUUGUUCAGGAAAACAGGUGUGUCUUCUGAUGAAGUACCAAAAGUGAAAAGAUACAUAGCAUUUAAGGAAAUUGAACCUUCACCCCAAACGCUGUCAGUAUUUAGUCCUUCGACUAGAAUUGAGGGCACAACAUCAUCACCUUCCUUAACCAAAAAAGAUAUACCUUUGACUGAUAGCAAAAAACAACUGUAUUCAUCAAGCCUCAGUCCUGAGGGACUUCCACUAUACCAUGUGCAUCCUAGCUAUAGGACAAAACAAAACAGACUGAACAGAGACUAUGAUACUGAUAGAUCAAGUAGUGAGAGUUCCAGUGACCAUGAAGAUCAAUUAACAGUGUACCCAAGAAAAUUGGAGAUUAAAACAGAACCUGAGAUUAAUAGAGGGACCAUAACAUCAGACAAAGUCCUCAACAUUGACUUUGAUAACUCCUCCAGCAGCACAGAUGUAUUUGAGAAGAAACAUAAUAAAGGCCUAACAAGACUGAAAGUGUUAAGUACUCGAUUGUUUAGCAAACGUGAAAAUGAAACAGAUGAGAGGAAUGUUCAUAGUGGGUCAACAACUAGGAGACCUGGAGUAGUUCUUGAUCUGGCUUAUAAAAGUCACUCAACGUUAACUGAGGAAAUCGAUCAAGGAACCAACUAUGAGGACAGCUUCUUUGGCCAUGUUGGAUUGUCUUUUGAUCAUUUGAAAAGACCUAAAAAAUCACUUUUGUUUACUAUAUCUAAUCCUCAGUUACCAGAUCAAUCAUCAUCUAUUCCCUUAGAUAACAAAGGAAACAAACAUGAGAACAAGAAAGAAUUUGAAUCCAGAAGAUCUAGCCUUAGUUCCUCAUCUGAUGAAGGUAGUGUCAGUCAAAAGUAUGAAAAGGACAUCUUGGGACAGCGUUUAUCCCUUGAUCAACCACCAAAAGUGAAGCGAUACCUUCAGUUUUCUUAUUCUGAUCCUCAUUCUCAAGCCCAAUUGCCAUUUCCUCCUCGAAAAAAUGGAGCCACACCUGACUUGAUAGCAAGCGCUGAGUCAAAGCAAUCCAGUUCCUCAUCUGCGAAUGAUGUCAAACAACCCACUGAAGGUGAAAACGUUUAUGGACUACCAAAAGUAAAAAGAUACAUUGCAUUCUCACACACUGAACCUUAUUCCCCAACACAGCAGUUGAACAACCAAAGCAUCUCCCCAAAAGGAGUGGCACCAACUCAGUCAAGAAAGUCAAGUUCAUCAUCCGAAUAG